AACACGACACUGAGUUGGCAACAAAAAUAAAUAAAUACUUUUGUUUAAAAAAAAAGGCACGUUCUUAAACUGAAAAAUAAGCAUUUGAUUUAUUCAACUCAAUGAUUCAAUCAUGCCGCCUAAAAACUGCUCAAAAAACAUUUGCGUGCAACAGGUCCUGACUCAGAGGUCUAACACGCUGCACAGUCCCAUGUAGCAUAUCAGACAAUCUCAUAAGGGGCACCAUUAAUCCCCGUAUCAGGAUCGAUCUAGAUGUUCUUCCAGCUGUUACCCGGUACAGGAAGUCGUUUAACAAAGAGCACAUUUCUCAUGUCGUACCUCCAGGUCUGCUGUUCGUGUAAACACCAUUUACAAUCAUUAAAACUAACAAGCGGGGCCCCCUUGCAGUUUGUCGAGUGGAGGUGAGCGGCUGAGACUGCUCCUAUUGAUCUGGGUGAUCUCCGCACCUCAGAUUUGUGUGGCUUAGCAGGGACAGCGUCUCCCCUCAGAGGAUGAGGCUUCAGCUGCUUCUUCUCAGGAUUUCUGCCUUUUCUAAUUAAGAGUCCGAGAGAGCAACAUCAUCAAGCUAGCAGCAGGGGUUGGGCUAAAAUGGAAGAGGGAGGAGGGGAGAGAGAGAGAGAGAGAGAGAGAGAGAGAGAGAGAGAGAGAGAGAGAGAGAGAGAGAGAGAGAGAGAGAGAGAGCAAGGGAGAUAGAUGCAUUUGCGAGAGAGAGUUUAGAAGAACAGGAGAGAGACUUUGAAUGGAUGCGUGACCAUAUUAUUUAUAUAUAUUUAUAGACACAGAAAAGAGUGGAGAGAACAAGGCGGGGGAAAGAGAAGGGAAAGGGAUUGACCCAGACAGGCUGAGACUGAAGAGUGAAUAAAGGAUAAAGGAGGGUGAGGGAGAGAGAGAAAGAAACCGAGGGAGACAGAGGGAAAGAGAAAAGAGGGCGAGAAAAAGAGAGGCAUAGAGAGAGAAAGAAGCAAGAGGAACAGAUCAAAGCGAUAGCUAAGGAGAGAAGAGGAAAUUGAAAGAGGGAGAGGGAGAGAUGUGAGAGUGGGUCAGUGCUGGGUGUUAACAAUAUCUGUUUGCUGCAAAAGGCUCUCGUUCAGCUCCAGGACUGCUUGCUGAUAUCUAACAGCAGCAGUGAUGUGAAUCAAUUCUUUUUUUAAAACGUCUGCAUCGCAUUUUCUCCUGUGCUGGGUGGCGGUAGUCGGGUUAUUGAACGGAUCAAUUAUUGAAGGAAUUAUAUUAAAAAAAAAAAAAAAAAAAAAGCAUCACUGGAGUUUGAGCUGCACCUCCCGUGUGGAUUUCAGGAAGGGGAGAGAAGAAAAGAAAAGGAGAAAAGAAGAAAGAUAGAAGGAAAGAAAGAAAGGGGAUCGACCCUCACUCGGAUGCAGCGUGGGCAUGUAUGCAUUUGGAUAUUUAGUUUGCAGUAGAAUCGCAGUCUCGGAUGCGCUUUAAAAAAUAAACACUGGUUGACCACUAGACUCUAUUUUCAUAAAAGAAAAAAAAAAAAAAAAAAAAAGCUCUUUAGCUCUGAUGCAGCCACUCUGUCAGGGACUGUGAAAGAAGCACACCAGGAUGGUUCUGCCACUUGACUGAGCUCAGGGACAGCUCACUGGUUCCAGGAUGUCCCAGCCCCAGCCUGUGCCCAAGCCCAGGCCGGGGUCCCUGUUCGAGGCAGUCCGUCUCUUCCUGAAGCACACCACCUUCCACGGACUGCGCCACAUUUUCCUGACCGGUUCGUACCCACGCCGGCUGGUGUGGCUCCUGGCCUUCCUGACGGCCCUGGCGCUCCUGUUCACCUGGUCAUCCAACCGCGUGCGCUACCUCCUCUCAUCCCCGGUGCACAGCAAAAUCCACAUGGUCUACGGCAAGCGCCUGGUCUUCCCCGCCGUCACCAUCUGCAACCAGAACCGCGUCCUGCCGGCCCGCAUGGGCAAGCCGGACCUGUUCCUGGCCGGGCGGUGGCUCGGGAUGCUGGGGAGGAACCUGCAGGUCCUGCCCGGGGUUCGGGAAUCCUUCUCCGGAGCGGAUCAGCGCUGGGCAGCCUUCUCACGCCUCUUGGAUUUCUCCCACUUCCUCCCCCCGCCCCGGGACAGCCAUCCAUCCAUGAGGCAGCUCCUGGACAGGCUGGGGCACCAGCUGGAGGAGAUGCUGCUCUACUGCCGCUUCCAAGGAGAGCUCUGCGGGCCGCGCAACUUCAGCACCAUUUUCACACGCUAUGGGAAGUGCUACACCUUCAACUCGGGGCUGGACGGCAAGCCUCUGCUCGUGACAAUGAAAGGAGGGACAGGCAACGGGCUGGAGCUGAUGCUGGACAUCCAGCAGGACGAGUACCUGCCUGUGUGGGGCGAGACAGAUGAGACCUCAUUCGAGGCUGGGAUUAAGGUGCAGAUCCACACUCAGGAUGAGCCGCCCUUCAUCGACCAGCUGGGCUUCGGAGUGGCGCCUGGCUUCCAGACCUUUGUAUCGUGCCAGGAGCAGCGGCUGGUCUACCUUCCCCCUCCCUGGGGAGACUGCAAGUCCACGCCCAUGGACUCGGACUUCUUCGACACCUACAGCAUCACCGCCUGCCGCAUCGAUUGCGAGACGCGCUACCUGGUGGAGAACUGCAACUGCCGCAUGGUGCACAUGCCAGGAGAUGCCCCAUACUGCACACCAGAGCAGUAUAAGGAAUGUGCUGAUCCUGCCCUUGAUUUCCUGGUGGAGAAGGACAAUGACUAUUGCGUGUGCGAGACACCGUGCAAUAUGACACGCUACAACAAGGAGCUGUCCUUCGUACGCAUUCCCAGCAAAGCGUCCGCUAGGUACCUGGCCAAGAAAUACAACAAGUCCGAGCAGUACAUCGCGGAGAACAUCCUGGUUCUGGAUAUCUUCUUUGAGGCGCUGAACUACGAGACCAUCGAGCAGAAGAAAGCCUAUGAGGUAGCAGGUCUGCUGGGAGAUAUCGGGGGGCAGAUGGGGCUGUUCAUCGGAGCUAGUCUCCUGACUAUCCUGGAGCUCUUCGACUACCUGUAUGAGGUGGUGAAGCACAAGAUGCGCCGGGCCCUGUGUCAGAAACAGCACAAGAGGAACAACAAUGACAAGGGAGUGGUGCUGAGCCUGGACGAUGUGAAACGUCACGUCAGUCCCAUGCGAGAGCCUACAAGCCCCGUCCACGUACCCCGGCAACAUCCCACCUCAUCACCCUGGGCGGAGCAACUUCGAAGACUUCACGUGCUGAGCCAAUCAGAGCAGUCGAGGGAGGCGGCACCUUCCAAACUACUAAAGUCAUAACAACCACAUAUCCAACACAAAGGAGGACACACACGGGAAAGGCUUUCCCCCGGAUUGGAAAUAUUUAAGGGACUAUUACAGAAUAUAGAGGAAAAUAUAUACAUUUGAGGGACUGAUCAAAACACUCUACCAACUUUUAAAUACAUUUAAAAGAAUGAAAGAAAAAAAAAAAAAACGAACACAAGCCGGGAAACGUGUAACUCAAUUUGUGCGUUUGCCCCGGCUCCAGUUUCUAUAUUUUUUCUUUUCUAAUCUCAGAUGGGCUGUGGCCGCUUCAUUAGAAACACCUUGACCCAGGAGCAGUAGUAAUGCAAUUGUCUUGCUUAUGAAACUGGUUAGAAGUGCUGCUGGUCUCUAUUCCUUGUAUACAAGUUUCUUAGCAGGUAAUGAUGCUCCCCUCAUUACCAGGAUGUUCCUUUCUGUGGCACUGCAGCCUGACUUUGGUAUUGGGAAUUUGCAGUGGAUUUCUUUAGGCAUGUAUCUGUGUCAGUUCUUAUGGAAAAAAAAAACACAA